UAUAAAGACUUGGCGGCCGAUCGGGAUAGAAACCAGAUAUCGUCAUGUGGCAGUAUCGGACGAUCGGCCUUUUGGCCUUAUUAUUUGCAGCAUGUGUCCAAGCACGAGAAGUCGAAUUAUUGCGUUCGAGGCGUUAUAGCGGAGGUUUAUCUUCUAGCAGCGCUAGCAGUUCGGCCAGCGCAGGUUCAUUUGGUGGUAGCAGUUACUCUAAAUCUAAUGCUCAAGCUAUCGGCAGUGCUUCAGCAGGUGGACAAUCCUCGGCUCUGACAGAUGGAUACGGAGGCGGUGGUCAUGGUGGUUAUGGAGGCGGUGGCAGCGGCGGAUAUGGUGGCGGUAGUCACGGGGGUGGACAUGGCGGACUCGGGGGUGGCCAUGGUGGUUACGGCGAUAGUGGCGGCGGUUUAGGCGGUGGCCACGGUGGUUUUGGAGGUGGUAGCAGCGGUGGCCACGGUGGUUUUGGAGGCGGUAGCGGCGGUGGACACGGUGGAUUCGGAGGCGGUGGCCACAGCGGAGGUGGUCACGGCGGAUACGGAGACGGAGGUAGUCACGGCGGAUACGGAGACGGCGGUAGCCAUGGAGGAUUCGGAAGUGGCGGUAGUCAUGGUGGAUAUGGAAGUGGCAGUGACGGACACGGAGGCGGAUACGGAGGUGGUGGACACGGAGGUGGCGGCGGAUAUGGAGGUGGCGGACAUGGAGGUGGCGGUGGAUUUGGCGGUGGACACGGCGGUAGCGGUGGAUAUGGACUCGGAGGCUAUCCUGAUGGCCAGGGUGGUGAUGGAGGCGGAGUUGGUAAAAUUAGUGGAAGUUUGGGAGGUGGUUAUGGUGGGUCUAGCGCCGGCGGCUACGGUGGAAGUAGCGCCGGUGCUGGCAGUCAUGUAGGAAGUGGCUCCGGAGGUCACGGGAGUAGCCUCGGAGGAUAUGGUGAUGGUAUCUCUAGCGGUGGUGGUUAUGGCGGAACAAGUUCUAGUGCAGGUGCAGGUGGUUACGGGGGUAGUGGUAGUAUCGGGGGUUUCGGUGGAAGUGGCCAUGGCACCGCGGGUGGUUACGGUGGUGCCGGCGCGGGCAGUGCCGGCGCGGGCAGUGCCGGCGCGGGCGGUUCGGGCAGCGGUUUUGGAGGUAGUAGUGGAGGAGGAUUUGGCGGAGGACUUGGACUUGGCGGUGGAUAUGAAGGAGGUUCAGGUGGACAUGGAGGAGGUUUAAGCGGUGGAUAUGGAGGAGGUUUAGGUGGACAUGGAGGAGGAUUAGUCGCUGGACAUGGCGGAAGUGGAGGUGGAUGUGCUAGUGGAGGAUGCGGUAUUGGCCACGGGGGUGGUAGUGCUAAUGCCCAAGCUAGUGCAAGCGCCAAUGCCGGUGCUGGAAGUCACGGGGGAGGAUAUGGAGGUCACACGGGUCUUGGCGGUCACGGACCGGGAGUAGAUCUAUUCUCCCGCAUCGGUGACACCGACGAAGGCACGAGCCAGAGCGGUACCGUCGAAGGUGCCAAAGGAGUUUACAGCAGCAGCGCGGCGAACAUAGACGGUAGCGGUAAAGGUGCUUACUCCGUUAAAGCCGGUAAAAUUCCGGCGUAAACCGCGCCUAACUUUUACAUCGAUUUCGGAAAUUGGUUGUUGCUCCGCUAGAUAGAGAUCUUCUCGACGACUGGAGAUGCAUAGCUGUGAUUACAAACCUAUUUCGAUAUAAACGUAAUACAACAACUCAA